CACAGCUGACGCCCUUGUGUGAGGUGUAGAGAGCCUGUAGAGGGCCGGUCGGUCAUAUCUUGGUGGAGACUUUACAACGACGUCGACUCAUGCUGUUGUUUGUAAAGGUGUGCUGUCAACUUCAAAUAAACGAGUCUUGUGCUUUUCUCCACCUUAUCAUGGCUGCCAAGAUACCCUUGUGUAAGCAAAUGAAUUGCUUUAUAAACGUCUUCUGCACAGGAAUGUUGCCGCUGGCGGCAUGAUCAGGAUAUCAAACUGACCCAUUGGAUUUUACAAGUAAGAUUUUACGAAAAAAAAAGUCGGAUUAAUGAUGACUGCGUUAGGAAAUGAGUUGAAAAAAAAUGUUUUGCAUAUAAAAAAAAACUAAACUUAAACGUGCUGCACCUCGGGGACGAAAACGGUACCUUUGAAGUCCCAAACAUCUUUGAGCCAAGUAGCAGAGUAUAGGAGAGACAGAAUCCACCACCUGUCCAAACGUUCUGUUCCACCCAGAGACUCUUGGCAGUCAAGAAAGGUAGUGUAGACUGUUUCUUAGCCAGGUAACUUUGUUCCGUUGUACAGCUGCAGGCUACUCUACGUGUCACGGCAGCAGGUUACACUAUACACUGCUCUGGAUUUUGGUGAGGAAAAUAACAAGACUACUAGAGGCUCAAGAAUGCCUAUAUCAAGCGGGGCACUUGAAUGGCCUAAAAGUUAUUUCCGGAAGCCAGUGGAAACAGAAGCAGACAGUUCCAGGACUGACGAGGGACUAGAAUGGUGGUGGGGCGUCAAGUCCCCAAGAGGAGUUGCGCCUCUUAACUACGAAUGGCAACCUCAACUUUCCGCUCGAGAAGAUUACGAAAAAUGGCGAAAAGAGAUGGACCGAAAGGGCCCUUUGAAGAGCAGAAAGAAAAAAAACCAUGGAGGAUGCUGUUGCUUUUGUUGCGGUACGUCGAUGUCCUCGAAGGUACACAGCAAGGAGGUCGUGGAGAAUCCCCCCAAGGGAGGCAAUCGAGACGACCCAAGAAAGGUAAUUCGCCGCCGCCGUCGACGAGUUUGCUGUUGCCUGACGUUGUGGUUGUCACUCCUGUUCCUCCUCAUUGCAGCGGCAGUUGUCUUUGUCUUCAUCUAUUUGACAGGUCAUGUGGUGCUGAAGCCAAAUGUGGAAUGCAAUGGUCGGUGGGGUGUUCACUUUAUGGCUUCCAAAACCACCUACAACGGCACCGACAAAUAUACCUGCUGUUUCCUCCCCGACAUUAAUAAGACUGUUGUCGAUAUCCAAACAACAAAGGGAAAGAGCUGGCCGGAGGGCUACCUCAUUCCCAACGGUACCUGUGCAAAAUCAAAAGACAAAUGCGAAGACUACAAACCACCAAAAUGUACCUCAGAAUGUUUUGAUCCUAGUGUCCCUCCUUGUGAGGCAUGUGUGUCUUGCAUAUAUAGGGUUUCGCUUGUAGUUUUGGGAUGCUUGCUAGCGACCAUGUUUCGAUACUGAAACCAGUUAUAAACAGCAGAAAACUUUUGUACAAAAUGAUUGUUUCAUCAAAGUGUAAGGUGGUAGGGAUUGCUGUUUUCAAAUAUUUUCUUUUAUAGGAAACUGGGGUUAAUUAAAGUACUAAUGGUGAAAAUUUUGGUUCUAAUGAUUAGGUAAAGCUACGAUAUUUCCCAAAACAUAAGAAAUAUAUGACUUACCAAUGCAGAAAGGGGAAUUUCCUAUGGCUACUUUCUUGCACAAGUUUCAAAAUCACUUAAAUAGCCAUA